AUGAAGAAAACAAAGGUGAAUCCAGAAGACGAACUAACUCUCGGCAAAAUGACGCCCAAGCCCAGUGUGCACGAUUCUUAUCAGGGCAACUUUUUUGAUGUGUUUCGAGACUCGGACUGGAGGGAUUACGCACUAGUGGCAGGUGGUAUAAUAUUGAGUGCAGUGAAUGGAGCAUUGGUACCAUUUAACAGUCUUAUUUUUGAAGGUAUCGCCAACGCGCUUAUGGAAGGAGAGGCUCAAUAUCAAAAUGGCACAUUGAAUAUGCCCUGGUUCAGUUCGGAGAUCAAAUUUUUUUGCCUUCGCUAUUUCUAUCUCGGAUUGGCUCUAUUUCUAUGCUCAUAUUGUGCAAAUGCCUGCUUAUACACGCUUUGCGAACGACGCUUGCAUUGUAUUAGAAAGCACUACCUGAAAUCUGUUCUUCGUCAAGAUGCAAAAUGGUUUGACCAGCAUACCAUCGGAGGGCUGACCCAGAAAAUGAGCAGUGGAAUUGAAAAGAUCAAAGAUGGAAUUGGAGACAAGAUUGGUGUGAUUGUUGGUGGUGUAGCCACAUUUAUCAGUGGAGUUUCAUUGGGAUUCUAUAUGUGCUGGCAGUUGACUCUGGUGAUGCUGAUUACAGUACCUCUACAACUUGGAUCCAUGUACUUGUCGGCGAAGCACCUCAAUCGCGCCACAAAAAACGAAAUGUCCGCUUACUCAAACGCUGGUGGAAUGGCCAACGAAGUGAUUGCUGGUAUUCGAACUGUGAUGGCUUUUAACGCUCAACCAUUUGAAAUUAAUAGAUAUUCCCAACAACUAGAAGAAGCUCGGAAAAUGGGUGUACGAAAAGCCAUGAUUCUUGCCAUUUGUACUUCUUUCCCACUGAUGCUCAUGUUUACCUGUAUGGCAGUUGCAUUUUGGUAUGGAGCUACACUAGCCGCCGCGGGUGCAGUAUCGUCUGGAGCAGUUUUCGCUGUCUUCUGGGCAGUUCUUAUUGGUACAAGACGUAUUGGAGAAGCCGCCCCACACUUGGGAGCAAUUACCGGAGCACGGCUUGCCAUUCAUGACAUUUUCAAAGUAAUCGACCACGAACCAGAAAUCAAAUGCACAUCUAGUGAUGGGAAAAUUCCCGAUAAGAUUCAAGGAAAACUAUCGUUUGAUGGAAUCGAAUUCACUUAUCCCACUCGUCCAGAUUUGAAAAUUCUCAAGGGAGUCUCAUUUGAAGUGAAUCCAGGAGAGACUGUUGCAUUGGUUGGGCAUUCUGGAUGUGGAAAGUCAACUAGCAUUGGUUUGUUGAUGAGAUUUUACAACCAAGGAGCUGGAAUGGUAGAUUCUGUUCACAAGAGAAUUAAAAAUGUAUUCCAUAUUUUUCAGAUCAAACUAGAUGGAGUGCCAAUCCAUGAGUAUAACAUCAGAUGGCUGCGUAGCACAAUUGGAAUCGUUCAACAAGAACCAAUAAUUUUCGUGGCUACUGUCGCUGAAAACAUCAGAAUGGGAGAUGAUCUGAUCACUGAUGACGAUAUUGAGGAGGCUUGUAGAAUGGCAAACGCUCAUGAAUUCAUUUGCAAGCUUAGUGAUAAAUACAAUACAGUAAUCGGAGCUGGAGCUGUACAACUAUCGGGAGGUCAGAAGCAACGAGUAGCCAUUGCCAGAGCUAUUGUUAGAAGACCACAAAUUCUGCUUCUUGAUGAGGCCACUAGUGCAUUGGAUACUGAAAGCGAGAGAAUGGUACAAGCUGCAUUGGAUAAGGCAUCCAAGGGAAGAACCACAUUAUGCAUUGCUCAUCGGUUAAGUACUAUUAAAAAUGCUAGCAAGAUUUUGGUGUUUGAUCAAGGGUUGAUUGCGGAGAGAGGUGAGAAAUAUCAAUUUUCCAUUGAAAACAGAAAUUUUAUAGGUACUCACGAUGAGCUGAUCUCCAAAGAAGACGGUAUCUAUGCUAGUAUGGUAGCCGCGCAAGAGAUCGAGCGAGCCAAGGAAGAUACCACCCUUGAUGAUGAGGAAGACGAGAAGGAUCACCGCAUGUUCCACCGCGAUUCGGUAACAUCGGAUGAGGAGCGCGAGCUGCAGCAGAGUCUGGCACGAGACUCGACUCGUCUCCGUCAGAGUAUGAUCAGUACGACGACACAGGUGCCGGAGUGGGAAAUCGAGAGUGCGAGAGAGGAGAUGAUUGAGGAGGGAGCGAUGGAGGCGUCGCUGGUGGAUAUUUUCAAAUUCGCUUCACCGGAAGGCCGAAACAUCAUCAUUGCCCUCGUCUUCACUCUGAUUCGUGGUUUGACCUGGCCCGCGUUUUCCAUCGUUUACGGACAGCUCUUCCGAAUUCUGUCAGCCGGAGGCGAUGAUGUUUCCAUUAAAGCACUUCUCAACUCCCUCUGGUUCCUUCUCCUGGCUUUCACUUCCGGUAUCAGCACUCUAGUUUCCGGUGGCUUACUGGGAAAAGCUGGAGAAACGAUGUCGGGUCGAUUAAGAAUGGAUGUUUUCAGAAAUAUCAUGCAACAGGAUGCCAGCUAUUUUGACGAUCCAAAACACAACGUUGGAGCUUUGACAUCCCGGUUGGCAACUGAUGCUCCAAAUGUGCAAGCUGCUAUUGAUCAACGUUUAGCCGAGGUUCUUACCGGCGUGGUUUCUCUAUUCUGCGGUGUUAGCGUUGCAUUUUUCUACGGAUGGAACAUGGCGCCGAUUGGUCUUGCCACCGCGCUUCUCCUAGUUGUUGUACAGAGUGCUGUCGCCCAAUAUCUUAAAUUCCGAGGUCAGCGAGAUAUGGAUUCUGCCAUUGAAGCCAGUAGGCUAGUAACCGAGUCGAUUUCCAACUGGAAAACUGUCCAAUCUCUCACCAAACAAGAAUACAUGUACGACUCCUUUGUGGCUGCAUCCAAAUCUCCACAUAGAAGAGCUAUCGUUCGUGGACUCUGGCAAUCAUUGUCAUUCGCACUAGCUGGAAGUUUUGUGAUGUGGAAUUUUGCAAUCGCCUAUAUGUUUGGACUCUGGCUAAUUUCAAAUGGAUGGAGCACGCCGUACACUGUUUUCCAGGUUAUUGAAGCAUUGAACAUGGCAUCAAUGAGUGUGAUGUUAGCUGCUUCCUACUUCCCCGAAUACGUCAGAGCCAGAAUUUCUGCUGGAAUAAUGUUCACCAUGAUCCGUCAGAGGUCUGUGAUUGACAACCGCGGUCUAACCGGAGACACGCCACCGAUCAAAGGAGACAUUUCGAUGCGUGAAGUCUACUUUGCUUACCCUAACAGAAGACGUCAAUUGGUUCUCGAUAGCUUCAAUAUGACUGCGAAAUUCGGUCAAACUGUUGCACUUGUUGGUCCAUCGGGAUGUGGAAAAAGUACAACUAUUCAACUCAUCGAGAGAUACUAUGAUGCACUAAGUGGAAAGAUCAAAGUGGAUGGUUGUGAUAUCCGUGAAAUCUCGGUAAAACACCUUCGUGAUAAUAUUGCUCUUGUGGGGCAAGAGCCAACACUUUUCAAUCUGACUAUCAGAGAAAAUAUCACCUAUGGAUUGGAGAAGAUUAGUCAGGAAGAAGUUGAAAAAGCCGCGACUCUGGCAAACAUCCAUACUUUUGUAAUGGGACUUCCAGAAGGAUAUGAUACCUCGGUUGGAGCAUCUGGUGGACGACUUUCCGGUGGGCAAAAACAACGAGUUGCUAUCGCCAGAGCAAUUGUCAGAGACCCCAAGAUCCUACUGCUGGACGAAGCAACAUCCGCUUUGGAUACAGAAAGUGAGAAAAUCGUGCAAGAAGCUCUGGACAAAGCUCGCCUUGGAAGAACCUGUAUUGUGAUUGCUCAUCGCUUAUCGACUAUUCAAAAUGCGGACAAAAUUAUUGUUUGCCGAAAUGGAAAAGCGAUUGAGGAAGGAACGCAUCAGACGUUACUGGCUAGACGUGGAUUGUACUACAGACUAGUGGAAAAGCAAUCGACGUGA